AAAUUUCUCGGCGCUUUGGAUGCAAAAGAUGUUUUCUUCUAUUUUGGAACCAGUUCAGUGUCUGAUGUACCCGAGUUUGUUGUUGCUGAGCCAACUUGCCCAUGUAAAGAAGAACAGGUUGGGCUGACGUCCUGUCGUAUUCAACAUUGCUCCAUUGAGGCCUGGGGAGAACUCUACGCCUUUGAAUUUCUAGAGGACCAUACCCUCCUUUCCUCUUCCUUUGUGAGCAAUCAAGUGGUGAACUCUUCCUUUAGCUUAUUGAAGCGAUUCUCAGGCAACUGCUUUGCAGGUGGAAAUCCACUGCAGCCUCCUGAGGCGAAGUGCAGAGUCACUUACUGUGAAGGGCAGCUGCAAGGAGUCGUCGUUGCAGAUGGGGAAAAGAUUCAUAUCAGGCCUGUCAGAAGCCAAGAUGUAGCCCUGCUGAAGGACCUCAGCUUCUCCAGACCCCACGUUCUCUUCAGAAGUGCUGCAAGAGAGGCAAAUGCGCGAAGAGUGCCGUUUCCUUCUCGCCUGCAGAAGAGGGCUGAGGGAGCUGUCAAACAUCUGGAGCUGAUGGUCGUAGCAGGCCCAGAUGUUUACUUGUACCACAAAGAGGACACGGAGCGGUAUAUUCUCACCAACCUGAACAUUGGGGCAGAGCUGCUGAGAGAUGCCUCACUGGGUGCUCAUUUCAGGGUUCACCUUAUGCAAAUGCUUGUUUUGAGAGAACCAGAGGCAGAGGUAAACAUCACGACAAAUAUCACCUCCUCGCUGAUCAGCGUUUGUGAGUGGAGCAAGAAGGUCAACCCCCAGAAUGACUCUGACCCCCAGCACGCUGACAUCGUCCUCUACAUCACCAGGUUUGACUUGGAGUUACCUGAUGGUAGCAAGGAGCUACGUGGAGUGACUCAGUUAGGUGGAGUCUGCUCCUCCUUCUGGAACUGUGUUAUCACCCAGGACACUGGUUUUGACCUGGGAAUCACCAUAGCCCAUGAGAUUGGGCACAGUCUUGGAAUCCCCCAUGAUGGUGAGGGGAAUGGGUGCAGCAGCAGCGGUUACAUCAUGGGUCCAGCAGGAAACCAACAUGUCAUUGUCCUUACUGCCCACAGCUGGGAAAGUGAUAUUUCUUAUGUUUCUAUCAGCACAGGCCAAACAGACUGCUUAAAUGACCUGCCGGACAUGGACGGCAGCAUCCCUGGAUGGAAGCCUGGCUUGUACUAUGGAGCAGAUGAGCAAUGUAAAAUAGCCUUUGGGAGCGUUGCCACAGCAUGCACCUUUGCUGACAGCAAUGUUGACAUAUGUGAAGUUCUCUCAUGCCACGUACAACCAGGAGACAAAUCCAGCUGUACUCGGCUUCUUGUUCCCCUCUUGGAUGGUACCGAAUGUGGAGUCAAUAAGUGGUGCUCCAAGGGACAGUGCAGCUCUCUGGAAGACCUGAACCCCAUGGCCGUGGUCCAUGGGCAGUGGUCCAGCUGGAGCCCUUUCUCCUCCUGCUCCCGCAGCUGUGGAGGUGGAGUUGUGCUAAGGCGGCGGUUCUGUAACAACCCCAGGCCUGCUUUUGGGGGGCAGGACUGCCCUGGUGUCAGCAUCCAAGCAGAGAUGUGCAAUACUCAGGCCUGUUCGAUGACCCAGCAGGAUUUUAUGGCUGAACAGUGUGCAGCAACAAAUUUAAAACCACUGUAUCCCACUGCGGGAACUCCUUCAUUUUACACCUGGACUUCUGCUGUAGGCUUUGCCAAAGGGGACAUGCUCUGCAAGCACAUGUGCAGGGCUGUAGGAAAGGAAUUCAUGGUGAGCCGCGAGGACAGUUUCACAGAUGGAACCAGAUGUGAGCAGGAUGACUCUGAGCGUCACGGAGCUUUUGGUCUGUGUGUAAUGGGAAGCUGCAGAGCAUUCGGGUGUGAUGGCCAGAUGGACUCCAAGAAGGUAACGGACUCUUGCAAAGUCUGUGGGGGUGAUAAUACUACUUGCACCAAAGUGAGUGGAUCUUACACAGACGGAAAAGCUAAAGAGUAUGUUACAUUUCUGUCCCUGCCUUACAACACCACCUUGGUCCGUGUUACCAAUCGGAGCCCACUCUUCACACAUCUGGCUGUGAAGGUUAAAGGAGAAUACGUGGUUGCUGGAAGAGGAAAAAUCUCACUGAAUGUCACCUAUCCAUCGGUUCUGGAGGACAGCCAGAUCGAAUACAAAGUAUUUCUCACCCAGGACAACCUGCCAAGCCUGGAGGAGGUCCAUGUGGAUGGGCCAACGCAGGAAGAAAUUGAAAUACAGGUCUAUCGAAGUUAUGCAAAAGAAUACGGCAAUGCCACCAACCCGGACAUCACCUUCAGCUACUUUGUCCCCAGAGAGAAUCUGACAUACACAUGGAUUCCUCAGCAGGGCCCGUGCUCCGUGACCUGUGGGGAAGGGAUGCAACCAGUGGAUCAUGUGUGCUUUGACCAGACAAAAAAUGAAAUAACAGAGGAUCAGUGGUGUCUGGAGCUGCCACAGCCCCUUUCAGAGCACAAGCCCUGUGCCAUGGAGCCAUGCCUGUACAGGUGGAAGAUGUCUCAGAUAGGGGAAUGCUCUGCUGUCUGUGGAACUGGAGUUGCCCAGCAGAAUCUGACCUGUGUUCAGUUUCGUGAUGGACUGGAGACUGUUGUGGAUGACAGCUUGUGCCCGGCAGAAGAAAAACCCCUCUCCAUUGUGCCGUGUGUGGUUAAUGUCUGCCCUUUAGGCUGGGACAAAGAGGAAGAUGCACACUUGCUUCAGACUUCAGAGUCACUUGGCCAUAUCCAGUUGGAGAAUCGGACUGUGUAUGUGUGGAGCCCUCUAGCUGGAGAGUGUUCCGUCUCCUGUGGUAGAGGUAAGACUCAGCUACAGUAUGUGUGUGUGGCUUUUGACACCAAAGAAGAAACCCAGGAAGAAAACUGUCAUCCGGUGCCAAAGCCAGAGAGCAGGAUGGAAGUCUGCGACCUCAGUCCCUGCCCACCAAGGUGGAAGGUAACCCCAGCUGGUCCCUGUUCCUCCAGCUGUGGGCUCGGCUUAGCUGUUCAACUGGUCACCUGUGUGCAGAUUCACCAGGGCAAGGAGAUUCUGCUGGAGGAACGUUUGUGUCCUCUGGCAGAGAAGCCUCUUACCAGCAUCCCCUGCGUCAUCCGCAUGUGCUCUUACGAAUGGAGCUUCAGCGAGUGGACAGAGUGUUCAACUUCGUGUGGGAAUGGCAUUCAGACACGGCAGGAUUUCUGCCUCAACCCGCUAACCCGUAAGCACGUGAACCCCAUCUUCUGCAGACACUUCCCCAAGGCCAUUGUGGUACGUGGCUGCUCCGCAGGGCCCUGUCCUGAGCAGGUGGUGGGCACCCAGUUCCCUGGAGCACAACUGCAGACAGUGACGCUCACUGCUCAUCUGACGACAGCUGCAACUGCCAAAGAGGCGAGAUACAAGGACGUGGUUCUACCUCCAUCUCCUGUGCCUCAGGAGCAGACAAAGACGAGUGGAGGUGUCUGUGGAAAGCUCUUCCUUAAUGCCACCGGGGUCAUCAACAUGACGGGGCUAGAGAGCAGCGACUGCACUGUGGCCAUUGGACGUCCUCUCGGGGAGGAGAUAACAGUCACCGUCCUGGAGAGCUCCCUCAACUGCAGUGCAGGUGAGGUGGUGCUCUUCUCUGGGCGAAUGAUGUGGCGGACAGGCUGCCGGAAGCUCCCAUUGUCACUGAUCAAUUCCAGAACGAACACAUUGAUUGUGAAACAGCGUGUUUUGCUGCCAGGAAAUGGGGUCAUUCUUCAGUACAACAGCAGAAAUGCAACUAAAAAAUAUUACCAAGACUGUGACAAGCAGCUGUUUGGUCCCCAAGGGGAAAUAGUGAAUCCUGUGCAAUUGCCUGAUCAAAUGCAAGGAGUGGUGUGUCGGACCUUCAUUAACGUGGCUCCUCGGCAUCGCAUCGCUAUCCGCGCCCUGUAUAUUGACCUGGGCAAUAAGAGCAACCAGACACAUUUUAAUUACAUCCUGGUCCGUGAUGUAAGCACCAUGAAGACGAUGGUGUUCCAUGGGAGGCAACAAUUCUUCUGGCAAUCAACGGGAAGCCAAGCUGAAAUUGAAUUUCAUGAAAAUUUUAAGGAACACCAAACCAGUUUCUGGGCUGAAUACCAUGCUAUUGAGCCCAAGUAA